AAACUAUUGGCUGGUAAUUAGAAUAGACCACGGACAAUGCAUACCAAUGGUUGUCAUUUGUAAACACGGGAGAGAUGUGGUCAAUGAUUUUUAGAAGGGAGGGGCUAAGGAAAGCCUGCCGUUUUACUGAAUAAAGCUCAGAAUAUAGACUUGUUGCUUCUCUACUGGCUGCAGUGCUUCUCGGUUGCGUUUUUAGUUAUAUAAAACAAAAGUAUAAUCGACAGCUGUUCAGAAAUCAUCAACCCCCAGAACAAAGAACUUUCAGCUGCUCUGUGUACCUGAGGAGAUCACAGUAAUCCUUUGAUACAUCAGCACUUGUGGGAUAUAAACCAGACUGAGGAGGCGGUGGGGGGUGAAAAGAAGAGAAACAGUCGAUGUACUAAGCACCGCAAAAGGAAAGAUCUGAUCUUGAGACCUAUCUUUACCCAUUAUGGAUGACUUUGAGCGCCGCAGAGAACUCAGGAGGCAGAAGCGUGAAGAAAUGCGUCUUGAGGCAGAAAGACUCGCCAAUCAGAGGAAUGAUGAUGAUGAGGAAGAGGCAGCCCGGGAACGCCGACGAAGGGCCCGUCAGGAGCGCUUUCGCAACAAGGACGAUGAGGAAUCAGCCAGUCUGAUGACAGACAAGUUGGAGCUCAAUAACCGCAACAGCAUGCCGGAUGAAGAGACAAAGGGUACCCCUGUGGCCGGAUCUGCGGCCACAGAUGAGGAGCAGGCUCUUUUGGAUCGUCUGGCCAAGCGUGAGGAGCGCCGUCAGAGGAGGCUGCAGGAAGCCUUGGAGCGGCAGAAGGAGCUGGACCCUACCAUCUCCAUCCUCGAGCACAGCCAGAACAACCAAGAGGAGAAGACUGAGGUGUGCAGCCUGUACCAGGAGAAUGAGGAGAAGGAGCGAGCCAGUGAACAGGUGGAAGAGAGGAAAUCUCCCGAGUCCAAUGCCUGGGCUCAAGACAAAGAGGAAGAGAAGGAGGAAGAAGAAAACCAGGAAUCUGAGGAACCAGUACAGGUGGAGGCUGAGCCUGAGGAGCCCCAAGAGGAGGUGGUGGAGGAGAAACCAAGGAGAUCUUAUCUGAAGGAGCAGGAAUCCACAGAGGACAAACCUAAGAAAUCAUAUAUGAGAGAAGAGGAGGAGACAGAGGAAAAACCUGAAAGGUCCUUUAUGAAAGAAGAGGAGGUGAUAGAGGAAAAACCUAAAAGAUCUUAUACAAGGGAAGAGGAGGUAAUAGAGGAAAAACCUAAAAGAUCUUAUACAAGGGAAGAGGAGGUAAUAGAGAAACCUACGAGAUCCCAUACAAGGGAAGAGGUAAUAGAGGAAAAACCUAAGAGAUCCUUUACAAGAGAACGGGAAGUGACAGAGGAGAAGACUAAAAAGUCCUUUGUGAAAGAGGAGAUUGCCAUAGAAGACAAACCAAGAAGGCCAUACAUGCGAGAAGAGGUGAAUGAAAAGAAGGUAACCCAGAAGGUGGAAGUCACCCAUCGCCAUAAGGAAGACGUUCCAGAGCCAAAGCAACAAAAUGGAGAAAAUAUCCGUGAAGAAACCCCUGCCAAACAUAAGAAACCAGAGAGAACUCUGAGCCGUGGCAGUGUGCGGCAGAGCCAGGACACCGAGGAGCAGGAUGCGGCCUCUCGCUUGGAGGCUGAGCGCAAGUUGGAGUUGCUGAAGCGCCGGCGUGACGAAACUGAGAGCGAGGAAUUUGAGAAGCUGAAGCAGAAGCAGCAUGAGGCCGAGGCAGAGCUGGAGGAGCUGAAGAAGAAGAGGGAAGAGAGGAAGAAAAUUCUGGAGGAGGAGGAGCAGCGGAAGAAGCAGGAGGUAGCCGAAAAGAAAGCCAGAGAAGAGGAGGAGAAGAGGAGGAUGAAAGAAGAAAUUGAAAGGAGACGAGCAGAGGCUGCAGAAAAGCGGCAGAAAAUUUCAGAUGAGGUUCCUGAAGGGGAAGGAAAGAAGCCAUUUAAAUGUGUCAGCCCACGGGGCUCUUCACUGAAGAUCGGGGAAAGGGCAGAAUUUUUGAACAAGUCAGCCCAGAAAAGCAGCAGUGUUAAGGCUUCACACACACCCAUUGUCUCCAAGAUUGACAACAAGCUGGAGCAGUACACGACUGCUAUUCAGAGCAACAAGGAGCCAAAGUCCCCAAAAUCUCCUUCUGCUGACCUGCCUGUGGUCGGUGAUGGGGUUCGCAACAUCAAGAGCAUGUGGGAGAAAGGGAAUGUGUUUAGCUCUCCUGGAAACCCACAGGCUCCGAACAAGGAGGCUGCUGGACUGAAGUUUGGAGUGGCCAGUCGUAUCAAUGACUGGCUCAACAAAACUCCAGAAAGUGGCAAAACUCCAGGAGCAAAACCUGCUGAUCUGAAGCCUGGGGAUGUAACAAACAAGCGAAGCUUGUGGGAAAACAAGGCUUCCUCCCCAGACAAAACAACCCCCUCUGCUAAGAUGACAACAGGAGGCAAGAGUAAAUCAGUUACCAAUGCAGGAAUGGGACACUAACCUUUCAAAGAACUUGAGAAGGCUGGAACCAACAAAGUGCUAGACUAUCCCUUUUGCUAUGUAUAUUUUAAUACCAAACAAAAAAGAAACAUUUUUUUUUCAUUUUAUAAUAGCCUGGGGAAAAAAGCAAAAUGUAUAUUAGCACUGUAUUUAAAGCCCACAGUUUUAUAUGGUCAUGUUUAAAGUAUACUGCCUUUGCACAAGACCUUGUUCUUUCUCUAGAAAACCAUGCUGUGAAAUUUGAACAUUUAUUUUGAUAUAAGUUUUUUAAUAAGUUUAUAUUAAAUUGCAGAAACAAAAGAAAUGAAAUCUAUACUUGACCUGUGAUGCAGUUUUUUUUAAUGAACAAAACCAGGCUGUGAAAAGUUUUCCAUCCUAAAGAAAGUUUGGUGUGUCAGAUUAAGCUGGUUUGUCUUUAAAAGAAAGAUUCUACAUCACUCUCGUGUCAAAACUAACCAUCUUAUCUUUAGUUAAUUAUCAAAUUUAUCAUUCUAGCAAAGCUGAAUGCUGAAAUUGGACUAAUGUUAGCUAAUAGCGGUACUGAUUUUAAUGGUUGACCUAAUAGAGAAUAGUGAAAUGACUGCAGUGGUUUUAGCUCACAUGCACUCAUCGCUUUGAGACGUUUAGCUUAAGGACACUUUCUAAUGGUAGUCAAAUAUUCUAAUAUAUGUUAGUACAUAUAUUAAGCAAUAACCAUUUACAUUAUAGCCUAUGUCACAGCUUUUUUAUUUGAGGUUGUUCACACGUUUUUAUACUCAAGAUAAAUACAAUCAGAGGCAUUUAAAAGCAAAGCAUUUGAAUAAGGAAAGUUUGUGCUUUAUAGGAGCAAUUUUUUCAUAUCAUCUUUUCCCCCUACUAAAAUGGAUCUGUGGUUAUUUACAUCUGAGAUCAAUUUGCUUUUCUGUGGAUUAAGAGUGUUUCAGACCUGUUGCACAGGGAUAAAACAGCAGUAUCUCUUUUAUAAACAUGACACCAUCUUGCUAAUUUUGCCUUUCAACCAGAAAGCAAUACAUAUGUAGGAGCUCAUGAUGUAACUCUGACAUGUCUUGCAUAUUUACAAUGGAAGCAUAUGAAAACUAUGCAUAGUUUUGAAUGUUUGGGGAGAAUACGUUUGUAGGCCCAAUUAUCCCGGGAUGGCAAAGUUGGUUCACAGAAUAAGACACAAAAUCUUUUAGUACUUAGACCAGACUAAGCACUGCCUACAUGGUGCUCAAGGUCUGCAGAGAAAUGAAUGCCUGUGACUGCUGCACAUCCACUAGCAUAGGAAUAUUCCUGGUGUGUAGGGCUUUGCUGAAGUUUAUGACUGACUACAGUUUGCAUUAGAUUGUCCAAUUAAUGCAAAGGCAAAUAUACUGAGAGUUAAAGUCCCAGUAAAGUUCUGUGAAUGCAUUGCUUUAUCGGAGUGCAUUGCACCUGCUGCCAAGUAAUUUAAUCAAAGUUAGCAUAUAUGCAAAUUUAUAUGAACUAAAGUGUUAAAAGUAUUCCAGUAUCACUGCAUAACUGAAACAAUGGACAAUGUGUAUUUCUUUUUUUUUUCCUUUUGAGACAAGCAAGGCAUAAAACAUUCCGCCAUUAUUGUAUGGUUUUGCUAAGCAUUUUUCUUUCCUGCACCCAUUUCCUUCAGAUUUUCCUGUGUGGAAGCUGUUAUCUGAUGUCGGUGCCAUAAAGACGGAAUCGAUAUUUAAUAGUAAUUUUUAAAAAUAGUUUUAAAAAGCAUGACAAGACAUAGUAAGGUCCAAACAUCUUCAAUUUUGUUAUAGACUUGUGAUUCUGGAAAUAUCUCGUACCACUAUUUUUCUUUAAAGGGGUGUGGGGAAGGGAUAACCUAAGGACUAUUGCGAGCUGUUGACAAUGAGAAUUCUAAGGCUACACCAAUAUGUUUUUAUUUUUUUAAAGAGUUUGCUUAAAUGAUAUGCAUUAGGCAUAUCCAUCCAGUGAUUAACUGCACAGGUCAAGUACAUCUCUGGUAAAUAGUAAAAUAGUAGAUUGUGUCAUGUCUAGACAUAAGACACUUGAAAAAUGUGCGUAGGGAAAAAAACAUAUUCACACUGAGUAUAAAAUGCACUGAAUUGAACAUGAUCGGAUACUCAGUAUCUUGACUUGUUUGUCUUUCAAAUUAAUCUUACUGGUGUCAGCUAUAACAUCCUCAGCUAAAUCUUUUAAUGUGAGAAGGGAAGAUAUAGGGUGCUGGUGUUACACAUUGAGAAUAUUUGUUGUUUUAACACGACAGGUGGGAGCUUUUUACCUCACCGAAUUUACCUAAUCAGAAUUAACACACAUUAAAUUUCUAGGAAACUCUAUUCAAACCAAUACUUUAAAAAUAUUAGGUUUCUUUUUAAAUGAUGAAAUUGUAGUACGUAAAAUAUUUUAAAGUCUAAAGAAAAUUCUAAGAUCAGGACCUAAAACAAUUAUUGUAGUUUAAUGUGGCUUCUGGGUAUUGUUGAAUUGCAUGUUUACAACAAAAUUGUUGGUAACAGCUUAAUUUGAAUUGGAUGCUUAAUACUAUUUACAUUUCCUGCAUAAGUGAUGCAUAAAACUGCUUAAGUAUAAUUAAAGAGCUUCGAAAGUGCUUUUCAAGUCAAACUACAUGCGUAUACUAUAUUUAUUCAUAACAGGUUGUGUUGUUUUUUAAUGCUUCAUACCUCUUGCUGCUAUAAUGCUGAAUGAAUUACAUGGCUGAUAAAUAAUUGAUUCUCGUAAUUACAGUGAAAUAAAAUGUGACGUGAAGUGUCUUCGAUUCAUAUUUCAUUACACUGUUUUUUGAUUAUGUACUGAAUACUGCACUAUGUCUUUGUUGUUCUUUUAUAUUACAAAUUGCAAUACUACAUUUUGCUGCGUUUAUGACCUAGCUUGUUCUGGAUUAGCCCCAGUUCAAAUCAGGUGUUAUAAGAUUGGAUGGAUGCUUCACACAACUCAGUUUACCCAUACCUUUGCCUGUAUUAAAAAUAAUUCAUUUUAAAAGUCUGAAGAAUUUCUCAGAUGUGUUUAGAAAAGUCAUUUAAUACUAAUGUUUAUCUUUUGUUUUGUUGUGUGUUUACUUUUUAUAAACACAUGUAAUUAUUUUAUAUGGAUAAAACUAUGCAAACCAUGUCUUCACACCAUCUGCAAUUUCUGCCAUUUUGUAAACACUAUGGGUAUUUCUAUUGUAGUGGAUAGCUUCAUACAACAUGUUUAAAUGGUGUAUCAGUGAAUUUGCAACCACAAUAAAUAAACAAAUAUUGUUUAAGACAAAACC